CGAAGCACGACAGUCACUGGCCGGUAGCGGUCCACCACGAGAUACCUUGAGUAAGAUGGCGCUGUGUUACGUGCCAGCAGUUUUGGCGAUAGCAGCGGUGGGCCUCGCCUCACGAGUCCCGCACCCAGCGGAGCUCACUGGUAUCACCCCAGGGUGGCCCUGCCCUAUCCAGACCCAGAUAGCACCCUGCAUAUGUUCCAUGGACACUGGUUACAAUUUGUUAAUGGACUGUUCCUUAGCAAGAAGUGAAGAACAACUGGAAAAAAUAUUCAGCUCCAUUUUUCCCUUCAAAGACUUCUAUGAGCUCAAGAUUGAACACAAUCCCGAUGACACAGACAACGUCAUUGACAAGAUUACUGCAAACACGUUCGCGGACAUCUCGUUUGAGCGGAUCAUCAUCACUGGGACGCGGCUACAGGACAUCAUCGAUGAGGCCUUCGCUGACUCUCACAAGACGCUCCGUCACCUCGAUCUGUCCUUCAACACCUUGCAUACCUUUCCCUUCGAGUCCCUGGCGCUCUACGAACAACUGCACACCUUCAUUAUCGACAAUAACCAAUUUCCUGAUCUGUUCGACCUCGAGUCAUUGUCGCUUGAGAUAUUUAGUGCCAGUAGGAACCACAACAUGAAGAUGAACAGUCCCCAUCCAUUCAGAGGUGCGCCCUCCCUCCGUGAACUGUACCUGUCUGAAAUCGGCCUUACCACACUUCGGACACGCCUCUUCAACAACCUCACCAAGCUGGAAGUGGUUGACUUCUCAAAUAACCACCUGACAAGGCUCGAGCAAGAAACAAUCAAUGUCACUGUAAAUACACUCAGACAUGUCAGCUUCGAUGACAAUGACAUCUUCAAUAUUAGCAAUGGCGCGCUUAUAGGCUUCAAGGAAGACGCGACACUGUCCAUGGUGGCGAACGAUAUCGUUAAACUCCAUGAGAAAGAUUGGCGACACAUCUUCCAACAGAUUACCUGGCGGGAGACAAUCGACCUCAAAGACUCCUGCUUGUGUUAUGGACAGGCAACCCGCUGCUGUGUGGCUGUGAAAUAGACUGGCUCUUCAUGCAGUACAAGGAAGAGUACCUCUGCCGCCUCACUGACACCACACGCUGCGGCAGUUCUGGCAACGAGCAGGUCAUCUUCAUUAAUGUCGAGCAUUACUGUCAGCAGUGCACAGAUUCCUUCCUCGACUGUCCGCCGCAGACAGACUGCAAAAACCCGUCAUCCCCUCCUUACUACUAUUAGGGAUUCUAGGUCUGUGUGCCGAGUAUUAGCUCAGUGGUGGGUGGGCGGGACACCUGUGAGAGUAAUUUGUCUUUAGUGGCGAAGCCAGGACUGAUGUCCCGAACGCCAGGUCUGAUGCUGGUCGAAUGUGAUCAUCAAUACAGACACACAAAGACCCGAUUGGUUGUUUUGUAAUCACUGCUCUAUACUGGACUGCUAUCCGUGCAUCGUUUUUACUACACAUUAUCUAAUUGCCCCAGCUAGUCUUUUGCAUCUGAUUCAGUGUACAGUUGCUUCCAUGCCUAUGCCAAAAGUGUUGUAGAGGUAAUAUUUUUCCCAUUGUUCUCUGCUGGUGCCAUAUCUCCCCGCGAUCGUUACUCUAUUCUUGUCUAUUGGUGUCUUAUUCCCGCACCCUGUAAUGGCGGCGCCACAACACACUGACGCCUGCCUUUGUAUGUUAGUUUUGUCUCACUGUUCCAUUCUCGAAACAGCAAUAAAGUUGAAACCUUGUAUCUAA